AUGAAGCUCGCUGCUGGAUUAGUCGCUUUGGCUGUCGCCCUCACGUCUGUCAAGGCUGAUGUCGCGGAAUGGGGCCAGUGCGGCGGCAUAAACUGGUCGGGAGAAACUACAUGCGCAGCUGGUCUCGUCUGCCACUCAUACAGCGACUGGUACUUCCAAUGCAUCAAAGGCACCUCCUCCGCACAGCCUACAGUCACUUCCGUAACACCGACAACGACAUCUCUCACCCCAACACCCAGCGUCACACCACCUACCUCCACAGGCUUCGUGAAGACUUCGGGAACCGAAUUCACGCUCGAUGGAUCCAAGUUCACCGUGGUGGGAUCCAACUCCUACUGGGUUGGGUUGUCUGGGUUCAGUAGUGAGGAGAUGAGCCACGCGUUCGCUGAUGUUGCAGCUGCUGGAGGAACUACCGUCCGUACAUGGGGUUUCAACGACCAGACUGAUGCUGGGUACUGGGGGCCGUACUACCAGCUCUGGACUAACGGCGUUCCCACAGUGAACACUGGUGCCUCAGGACUAGAGAACUUUGACAAAGUGGUCGCUGCUGCCAAGGCCAAUGGCAUCCGCCUUAUUGUGGCACUGACUAACAAUUGGUCGGAUUACGGUGGCAUGGAUGUCUACGUUCAACAAAUCACGGGUUCCACCAACCACGAUCUCUUCUACACAGACGCGCAGGUUAUUGCAGCAUACAAAAACUACGUCCAGACGUUUGUCAGCCGCUAUGCGAACGAACCGACCAUUUUGGCAUGGGAACUGGCCAACGAACCCAGAUGCCGAGGCAGCGGACCCAAUACAUCGGGAACCUGCACACCCGCCACAAUUACCGCUUGGGCCACAGAUAUCUCUGCGUUCAUCAAGUCUAUUGACCCCAACCAUCUCGUCGCCCUCGGCGAUGAAGGCUUUUUCAAUCGACCGGGUUCUCCUACCUACCCCUAUCAGGGUUCGGAGGGCAUUGACUUCGAUGCCAACCUCCAGAUUAGCACGCUUGACUUCGGGACUAUCCACGUACGUCUUGACCAUUGGGGCACCGGCGCCGACGCUUUGGCGUGGGGUUCCGGGUGGAUCACAGACCAUGCUACCUCAUCGAGCCUCUACAACAAACCAGUAAUACUCGAAGAAUUCGGUAUGCUCGAGGACAAGACCACAAUUUACGCUGCAUGGUUUGACACCAUUGAAAGCUCUGGCUUCACGGGCGAUCUCAUUUGGCAAGCUGGCUCUAGAUAUUCUUGGGGUGACACCCACAACGACGGCUAUGCUAUUUAUCCGGGUGAUGCCGUAUACGAUCUCAUGGCCUCACACGCCGCUACACUGAAGGCUCGCCCUUAA